AUGACUUGCAUUGGUAGGACGUGGAGUAGAGCUCCUCCAACAGAUCUCAAGUCCUGGGCUGACAUAUAUAAAGAGAGGCGCUCCCUCAACACAGCACCAGAUAAUUUUAUUCUUCUGGGUCUUUCCGAUGACCCCAAACUACAAAGUUUAUUAUUUGCUGCUUUUCUGGUGAUCUAUAUUCUCACUCUGGCUGGGAAUCUUCUCAUCAUUCUCCUUACACUGACUGACUCUUCUCUUUGCACACCAAUGUAUUUCUUCCUCAGAAAUCUGUCCUUCCUGGAGAUCUGUUAUACCUCAGUCAAUGUCCCUAAGAUGCUUAACAACAUCCUUUCUGGUAGUCAAUCCAUCUCCUUUAUUGGUUGUGCCCUGCAGACCUAUUUUACAUUCUUCCUGGGUGGGUCAGAGUGUUUUCUCUUGGCCUCAAUGGCCUAUGACCGCUAUGUUGCCAUUUGUAAGCCUCUGCACUACCCUGUCCUGAUGAGCCGAAAAGUGUACACAAGUCUAGCUGUGGCAUCUUGGUUAAGUGGGUUUUUUAUGUCCUUUGGCCAUACCAGCAUGGUGUUUACUCUGCCCUUUUGUGACUCCAAUGUGAUCAACCAUUUCUUUUGUGACAUCCCCCCAUUACUGAAAUUGGCUUGUGGGGAUACUACGAGGACUGAAAUUGCUGUCUUUACUGUGGCCAUGGUUUUUGUGACUUUUCCUUUUAUCCUGAUCUUGAUGUCUUAUGCCGGCAUCAUUGCUGCCAUUCUGAAAAUCUCCUCCUCUGAAGGCCGGAAGAAGACCUUCUCCACCUGCUCUUCACACCUUAUUGUGGUGACCUUAUUCUUUGGUUCUGCUUGCAUUAUGUAUUUAAAGCCGAAUUCUACUUAUUCUCCAAACACAGAUAAAUAUCUCUCUCUGUUUUACACGGUUGUUGGUCCCAUUUUAAACCCUGUGAUAUACAGCUUGCGGAAUAAAGAGGUGAAAUAUGCCUUUAAAAAUCUAGGAGAGAAAAUUCUUUGGAUGUUCAAAGGAAACGGGAGUAGUCUGGGAUAG